AUGUUUACACUCAAGAAAUAUUUAUAUGAUAUUGCCUAUGGACAAAGAAAGGUGAAAAAUCGAGUUGGAUUCUUUGUAAUGUUAUUCUCUGGAUAUGCUGGAUACAAUUUGGGAAUCAAUCAAUCUGAAAAAUUAGAUACAUCUACUCUUUAUUAAUUUAAUGGAUAAGAUGAAGAAAUCUAUAAUCUAUUAUAAACUAAACCAGUAUUUUAAUUAAUCUAUCCACCUGGAGAACCCUAUUUUGAUAUUUAUAGAACUGCAUUCAUUAAAGCAUCAAAUAAAUUUAAGUACAAAUUUAGUAUUUUAUUAGUUAAGUACAUUUUGUUCUUGUUAAUACAAAUCAACACUUUUAAUAUUGUAGAAAUAUUGAUCUAUCAAGAUUACCAUAAGGAUUAUUAUGGUUACCAUAAAAUUAUAAUAUUGAUAAAUUAGAGAAAUUUAAAUAAGAAGGAGUAUUUCCUAUUGUUGAAUUUCUUAAGGAAUAUUCAGUUGAAGGAAUAGAAUGCUUUUUAAUGGAGAAUGGUAUUAUACCUUAAAAAAAAUCAACAGAUAAAUUAACUGAGCAAAUUAAAACAUUAAUGUGA